AUGGCUGAUGAAUGGGGAAAUCCACCACAAAAAGUUGAAAACUCGUGGCCUAUGGCAAAACCGACGAAUAAUGACAGUACGGCAGACGAUUAUGGGCGGAAAAAUAUAAGGGGUUUAGGAUUGGGUCUGCCGCCGGCCAGCAAUGGGGCCGAAGACCUGUGGAAUAAUGAAGCAGCACCGACGCAAUAUAACAGGGAACAAAUGAAAUAUCAAGAUGCAAAUAACGACAGGAAAAAGCUAUUAUCUAACAGUGGGGAUUGGAACGAUAAUAAUAACGACUUGAAAAAAAGGUCAUUUAAUGAUGACGGUUGGAAUUCACAAAAUCAGCGCUUAGAGAAAAGGGAUGAUGACUUUAAUUCAAGGCGAAAAUCACAUCAGACAUCCAAUAAUGAUAAUAAAACCGAAUUAUAUGAUACCCACGUUUCUUCUCAGAAGGGGUUUGAUUAUGAUAGCCGGAAUUUGGGUCGAUCACCUACUCCGACUACUGAUUACGAUCGCAGAAAAGAUCAAAGGAAUUUUCGAGGACCUCACUAUAGCUACGAGAAUGAUUCAAGAUCCAGAAAACCUCGCGAGGCUAGUCAUGAUAAGUUUACAAAUGUUAUCGAUUCGCCUUCAAGACCUUCACACGCUGCUCGGGAUGAACUCGAUGAUGAGAGUCUUGCCUUACAGGAAGUGAUACACAAUUCUUUCUCAGCACGUCAAACCGGAAAACAAUUUGCAAAUGAUCCCGAAAGUGAAAGGUGGAUAGGAGAGACAAAGAAGUUAACAGAGCCCGCAACUCCGGGAAUGAGGAGGAACGAAAAGGAAUAUAAAGACAAGGCAGUUCAGACCGAACCAAUCGACUUGGAACCUAUUGUGCAGAUGGUUUGCUCGACAAAUCCUGAUGUUGGUGAUGUUUUACGUAAAAAGCUGUUCUCGCUGGGAAUCUAUGUGAACGUUGGAGGGAAUACUUCAGGGCGCCCGCUGAUGGAUAUUGAAGCUAACGAGUUGAACGACCAUGAGAAGAUCAAGGUUAACGUGCGAAAGGACUUUGACGGACAGUGGAGAUCUUCAUCUGUUUCUCGAUCAGCAGCGCAGCCCCCCACUGUAGCUAACGAUUUACGUCGCCCAGCUAGUUCGUGGAAUGAUGAUGGCCAUGAGGUAUCUGAUAAGUUAAAUGAUGAUUAUAAUUAUCAAAAGAAGGAAUUUCGUUCACGACAACCUAUAAACGAUUUCGUUUCUGCUCGUGAUUCUUCCGUGACCAGUACAUCAAAGGAAAGUAAACCAUGGGAUUCUUCAAACAUUCCGAAAAUUAAGGAUCCAUCACGACCAACUUCAGUAAAGAGUCUAGAACCGUGGGAAACUUCCGAAGACAAACCAAGAAAGUCUGACAUUCGAAGCCCAUCUCCUAGUAAAUCAUCAAGGCCUCGUGAUUUUUCUCAUCCACCAAGUCCUGAUGAACCUUGGCGGAAUCGGUCGGAUGGUCAAAAGAAAUCUGAAUUUUGGGAUACUAAUACUUCGAGAAUAAAAUCCUCAGAUUCUCGCGAUCAUUCUCCUAAUCACGUCUCACGAGAUCGAAAACAUGAAAACGCCCUUGAAAAUGUAAGUCGGCAAGGCAACGAUCCGCGUCGGGAUGAUGAGUCUCGUGUUUAUGCUCCUGGGAAAGAUCCACGUACUGCUUCUCGCGAUUCAUACAAACCACGUGACAAUUCCGAUUCCUCAAGGGUCGCACAGCCAUGGAUUGGAACUCAAAGGAAUAUUGAUCCCCAAGAAGUAACUGUUAAAAAGCCUAACGAAAAACUUGAUAGUUACACGCCCCUUCCAAACACAGAUACGUGGGAUUCGAAUAAAGGCACUUCUGCGAGUAAUAAUAAUUGGCUCGAAAAAGCGGCCUUGUUUAAGGAACAGAUAAGUGGACGGCAGGUCACUGAAGAAAAUGAAAAACCUUUGAAAAAGGAGAGUGAACCAUGGGAAAAACCGAGGUCGGAUGAGCCAUGGGUGACGGCUUCUUAUGAAGACAACUUGCCUGGUUCAAAUAUGAAUAAUAAUGAUGAUACCAUAGAAAAUGAGACCCGCUCAUGGAAUAAAAAUUUAUCAUCUGACAAUAGUUGGAAUAAACAAGACAAGAAUAGUUUUAAUAGUCGCGUUGAACAAAGAGAUGACUAUUACGAUAACGGUCAUAGGGAUAGGGAUAGAGGCGGCUCGCGUGAUGCACGAGGCACUGAAAAAUCUUGCUAUAAUUGUCGUAAGCCUGGACACCUUUCGCGAGACUGCCCCGAAGAUUCAAUUUCAACUGCCAUAAACCUGGUCAUCGGGCAAUCGAGUGUCCUGAAAAAAGUGGACCAUGUUCUAGAUGUGGAAACGCAAUUAACCUCACAAUUAUACAUAGUUGUUAACCCGGAACCCUCGGGGAUAUCACGGGAAGAAGCAUGGAGUAGACUAAUGAAGGCCGAUCGAGAGAAUGACAUAGAUGAUUUCAAUAAAUGGCUUGAGGAAUUCGCCAAAGCUUCACCCGAAGAUACUUUCCAAACGAUCGAAAGGAGACUAAGGAGUCACAAUUGCAACGGGAAAAUCAUUGCGCUAAAACGUGAGGGAAUUCCUCUCACUAGUUGUUUGAUCGAUCUUCAAGGAAAUACGGGGAAGGAAUUCGUUGCACAACCCGUGUGUUCAACCACAUUUCGUCCUGCUCCAGCUUCAGGCACCAUUGCCAGUUCCGAGGAAGAAAAUUUCCGAUGGCUAGCUGAUGCUGGUUUCUUGAGGGAUGAUCCCUCUCCCAUUUGCUUUAACUGUAAGUAUUGUGAUAGGCGCGAUGGAAAUGGUGAACGAGGCGAAAAAUCCUACGGUGGUUAUAAUGGUCGCGGCGGUUAUGGUGACAAGGAUAUCCGUGGUAAAGGAGGAGUAAAGUGUUAUAAUUGCGGUGAAGAAGGGCAUAUGUCUAAGGAUUGCAGAAAUCCUCGUAGAGAACACGGACGACAUGAUAAGUUCAGCGAUAGUAAUCCAUAUGCCAAUGGAACAUAUGAAGAUGAUAGGAAGUAUUCGUCUAAAUGGGAAUACAACAAUGAUGGUAGAGAUGGGGGCAAGCGGGCGAGGGGAAGAGACAACACCGAUGAUUAUUCUUCUGCUAACGAUAGAUAUCAGAACGAUAACUUUAAUAAGAACAGAUACAAUGCUAGUCGGGGGUCCAAUUAUAAUGAUGAUAAAGAUUUUAAUCGUAAUAGAGGCGGUUUUAAUGAAGGUUACCAACCCAGAGAUUCUAAUCAAAGAGGAAUUAACAGGGAUGCAGACUUCAACCUUAGGGAAGAUCGAGAUCAAGGUCGUAAUUUUGGAAGGAACUUUGCCAAUAGGGAUUACGACUUUUCCUCGAGGGGUAACAGGGAUGGCGAUCGGGCCUAUCCAAACCGUGAUAAACGUGAAGAUCAUGAUCGAGAUUUUGACCGCAAAAGAGAUGACUAUUCUUUCGGGAAUAAACAGGAUAGAAGUCGGGAACCCAUUACUCGGAGAUGGGAAGCUCGAGAUCGAUCAAUCAGUAAUGCUAACCGCAACGAUGAUGGACCAACUUUAAAGAAGGAAUCAUGGGAUCAAAAACCGGUCAUACAAGAAGAUACCUCGGAUGAGUGGGAACGAAAGAGAAACGAAGUGAUGGCUACGUGGGGUCCGACCUCCAACCAGAAAAGCGAAAAUAAAUCUUGGCCUCCACAGGAUGAAAGGAAAGAUUCAUUUAAUAAAAUUCCCGGAGAACGAUACCCUCGGGGUAGCAAAGAAGAACUCCGCGGGCGAAGUAGCGAGACAAAGGAAGUUUUUGCGUCUGCUCCUAAUCCAGAACCGAGUAAAGAUCUUACUUGGUAUUCGAAAGAAGGAAAGCAAAAUCAGGCCCGCCUCGAUGAAAUCAAAGCAGUUAAAGAAGCCGAGGCAGACGUCAUGGCUGAAUUCUUAGGCGCCAGUAAAAAAAAAGUGGUUACAGGAAAUGUCACUCAUCAGGAACUUAGUAAUGUACUGAAGAGAGAACAAGACAAUGACGAGGAAGAUAAUGAGAUUCUCAAGGAGGUCACCAAAGAUGCCACAAAGGGAUUAGGUCGAGUUUCUGCGGGAGAGAUUAUGUUGGCGGAGGUCGAAACUAUAAACGAAAAACACUUAACGAAGAAGAAUGAUGAUAAUGAUGACUCGUUAUCAACGUUGCCUCAUGAAAGUGCACAUUCUAAAACUGUUUCAGCGGUGGCGUCCAUUGACCAGUUUGAAGAUCGGGAGUCGCAAAAGGCGUAG